AUGAACGGGAAUCACGGGGUACUGGAGAUCCCGACGACGCAGUGGGCACAGGUGUUUGAAAAGAAAGCUUCAGCUUUGAUGUACACUCAAAUUCGAGUGCCAUCAAUUUCCUUUGACGAGAUAUUAGUUCAAAUCCACUAUUCAGGAGUGUGUCAUACUGAUUUGCACGCAUGGAAAGGAGAUUGGCCCAUUGAGACCAAGAAAAAUUUGGUUGGUGGCCAUGAAGGAGCCGGGGUGGUAGUUGCCCGAGGGGACAACGUCAGUCGAGUAUCAGUUGGAGAUCGAGUUGGGGUACAGAUGGUUGAUCCACAGUGGAUUAAUGAAACUUGUGGAAGUUGCGAGUUCUGCAACGAUGGUGACCAGCAACUCUGUCCUAAUGCCAAAAAUUCCGGUUAUACUGUUAAUGGUACAUUUCAGCAGUAUUGUGUGUGCAAAGCAACGAAUGCUGUUCGCAUACCGGACGAGGUUUCUUUGGACGAAGCUGCCCCUAUUCUUUGUGCUGGAGUGACGGUAUACAAAGCACUGAAAGAAAGUCAUCUCAAACCAGGACAGGUUGUUGCUAUUGCCGGAGCCGGUGGGGGCCUCGGUACCCUCGCUUGUCAGUAUGCCAAAGCACUUGGAUAUCGUGUACUGGCGCUUUCGACAGGGUCCAGCAAGCAAGCUAUGCUGGUGGAAGAGAUUGGAGUUGACUACUUCGUGGACUAUAUCGCCUCCCAAGAGAAUCUGAUUCCUGAAAUUCAGGAACUUACCGGGGGAGGACCUCAUGCUGCCAUUGUGGUCGCAUCAUACGUCCGGCCAAAAGGAACGGUCGUCGUUGUCGGUCUGCCUAAGAAUGCCGUCAUUACGGCUGAUCUGUUUUCGACGGUCUUGAAGCAAAAAAUAGUGAAGGGGUCGUACGUCGGAAGCCCUGCUGAGACCGAAGAGGCACUAGUAUUCUAUGCGAAGAAACGCUUCCCUAUUCAGUAUCAAAUAGUUUCCCUUGAAGAGCUUCCCGCAGUCUUUGAGAAAAUGGAGCAGGGCAAGAUGCAAGGACGGACUGUGCUGAAAAUCCCUACUUCCCAGACAAUGGUGGAUGGUCUAAUAGGAAAAGCCCCAAAAUUUCGGCCCAACGAAUAUAACAUUGGGACAUUGCUGGCAUCGCGGCUGGAAGAGAUUGGGAUCAGGGAUUAUUUUGUCGUUCCCGGGGACUUUAACCUGACUCUCAUCGACCAAAUUCUGAAAAACCCCAACCUCCGGAUGGUGGGCUGCUGCAAUGAAUUGAAUGCCGGCUAUGCUGCCGAUGGGUACUCACGAUCAUCUCCCGCUCGGGCUGCAGUUGUAUUUGUCACCUUUAUGGUAGGAGGGCUGUCGCUGCUCAACGCAAUUGCCGGUGCAUAUUCCGAACGACUGCGGGUCAUUGUUGUCUCCGGGGCUCCUCCAACCGACACAUUUGGACAAGAUUGUUUGAUUCAUCAUACGACUGGGCUGAAAGAUCGAGACCAGGCAAUCCGAAUGUUUGAGCAUGUGACUACAGCUUCCGUCCGUCUGGAUCUCAAAGCAAAUCCGGCAUCUGUCCUGGAUCAGGCACUUCUCCGUUGUCUUGAGAACUCACUUCCGGUUUAUAUCGAGCUCCCGGCUAAUCUUGCCGAGUACUCAUGCGACGUUCCCAGACCGCUCAUCCUCUCGCGACCACGAGGAUCUCUACCUAGUCUUGUCCAAGACGCAUUAGAUCUCUUUACUAGGUACUGGAGGGAAGCACAAAGCCCGGUAAUACUCGUUGGACCACUUGCGCGACACGGCCUAACCCGGGAUACUCUGCUUUCUUUUAUCGAGAAGUUAGGAUGUCCUGUGUUCUGCCAGCCCGACGCCAAGUCCCUAGUCCCUGAAGAACAUCCCCAGUUUCAGGGUACUUUCUGGGGGUCAAUUUCGGACCCAGCAUGCAUUGAUGUGGUGAUGAAUUCUGACUUGUGGGUUGGGAUCGGGACACGUUCGUCCGAUUACAACCUGGUAAAGGGGCCCACCCCCCGAUGUUAG